AUGCUCUUGACCUCCACGGCCUUGAUUCUGCUUUCAGCAGCCACCGUGGGCGCUGCGCCGUCGACGACACACGUCACUCACGAACGGCGUAAUAUCCAUAGCCAUCGUCAUUGGGAGAGACGCAGUCGCCUCGAGCCACACGAUGUUAUUCCUCUGCGGAUCGGCCUGAGCCAACGCAAUUUGGAUCAAGGUCACGAUCUUCUCAUGGAUUUGUCAGACCCUAAUUUAGAGAACUAUGGCACACAUUGGACGGCAGAGCAGAUAACAGAAAUGUUUUCACCAACACAUGAUUCGAUUGAAGCGAUUAGAGGAUGGCUCAUAGGCUCGGGUAUUUCUGAAGACAGAAUCAACCAUUCAUUGGGAUACGAGUGGAUUCAUUUCGACGCCACAGUCCAAGAGGCAGAAGAACUGCUUCAAACUGAGUACCACGUGUUCGAGCAUGGAUUGGAGUCUCAUAGUACUGUUGCUUGUGAUGAAUACAAGGUACCUAGCCAUCUUGCGCGACAUAUUGACUUCGUUUACCCUGGCGUCGCUCUUGCUGGGAGUAUGAAGAAGAGAUCCACGAAGCGAGAUAUGCGUACAGAGGAUCAAAUCGUCACACGGUAUGUCCUCGACAAGCGUGCAACUGCUGAUCCGUGUGAUGACUUGGACCUCAUCACACCAGCCUGCAUACAACAUAUUUACAAUGUGCCCAAGGGAGACAAGAAAGCUCCUGGAAAUUCUCUAGGCAUAUUCGAAAUUGGAUCCUGGUAUAGCCCAACUGCAUUCAAGUCAUUCCUAGCCAACUACACAGAUAUUCCGCCAGAAGUCACACUUUCAAACAUUACCAUUGACAUCUCUGUAACCCAUUUUGAUCCGGCUGCCGAUAACGGCGAAGCAGACCUUGAUAUCGACAUGGCAUUGCCAUUGAUUUACCCCCAGAAUAUAAAGUGUAUCAAGUUGAUGACGACUACUACACUACCUUUGGGCAACUAA